CACCAUCACAACAAUCUCAACCACCAGCCUGUGUUCCUGCAUCGCUCAUCGGCUCAGCUGCGAGUUUCCAUUCCCAGCUGGUCUUUUCGCUUCGCCGGGGUCUUUCUGAGCGCCCAACGGCAGUCUACGAUCCGAAGUGAGGACCUUCUGCAGCUGCCGUGCCAUGGCCUUCAGGCUCCAGGUUCCUUACUUUUACCCCACAGUGACCAGGGGGCCUCCUUCGCCAGGGAUGUGAAUAAAGUCUUUUCCAGGAUAUACGGCACACACGCACACGGUCCAGCACAACAACCGUGCCGUUCAAUGCAUUCUACAACUGCUGUUGGCUAUUUGUAAUACUCGACGCUGUCCUCACCGCUCUUCCGAGAGACAGACAGAGCUAACUCCUGACUUUCUUCGUGAACUAAAGAUGAAAUAAGCAAUGUCCUCACUUGACCCUGUCAUGGCGCAAUCCCCUCAUCCUGCGGUCUCAGCUCGAUCCUCUCCCUCGCAGUCCGCGCACGCCUCCAGUCCUCCGCCGGCUUCUGUUGAGACCCUCGUGUCAUACCUGGUUGCCGCUAAACGCUCUCUGGGCAGUAUUCAUCUCGUCCACCGGGCCACCACCAUCCUCACUGAAGCACGUGCGUCGAUCGAGGCUAUCACUGCCCUCCUCGCGAAAGCCACCUACCUUCGCCGCUCCUUGGCAUCUCAAUUGAAGAUUCUACGUGGGGUCCAGCUUGAACUCGAGACUGCUGCCCAGAGCAUCCAGCACGAGUUUCAGGCUGUGAUCAAAGAGCUGGACGAGACCGGUGCCAGGUUGCUACAGUCUAUAGAUCUGUUGAAGCAGACCAGAAUUGAAGAUGCUUUCAAACCGGCGACUGAGGGAGAACUGGACGCUGGCCCAGGUAAGGAGACGUUGCACGAUUUUGUGGACGACAACGGCGUCGAAACGAUCAAACAAGCCAUGGAAAUUGCCAUAGACAAUGUACAAAACGCGCAAAAUGAAAUGGGGCACUCUAUCCAAACCUUGGAAGAUGACCUACAAUCCGUCAACGAAGUGCUCAAUGGCAGAGGCGAGCUCUCUGGCACUGACAGUGAAUUGCAGCAGCCCACCACCAUCGCUGGCACCCUCACAUUGCUAGAGGACCACGCCCGCAUAAUGGCCGAGGAGCUGGAAAGUCUGGUCAAACAUUUUGAUCUCUGCGUCACCGCCAUCAAACACACUGAAGGAGGCGGCGAAGCUUUAUUUCAGACCAUGAAUGCUGGGGAAGGUGUCGACCUCCCGGAUGCGGUUAGCUUGGGCAUGGACGAGCUCCGCGCCCCAGCGCAACCUAUGAACGAAGAGGAACGCUUGGAAAUGCUCCAGGUGCUUGAGAACGACGCUCAGGAGGUUGACGAAGUGGUCAUGGAACUCCAAGAUCGCCACGCCGAGAUGGAAGCCCAGCUCGACAAGAUCCAUCAAUGGUGCGAACGGCAGGAGAAUGCCUAUGCAGAUGUAGCCACGGCAUUCAAACUCCUGGAAAAGGUUUCGGGGCGCUUGUCUGGUUAUGUAGCUGAGAUAGCGCGGCAAGCGCUGAAAUGGAACGAGGAAAAGGCCAAGAUUGAAGACGGCAUCGGCGGGAUGGAGGAACUGUGCGAGUACUACGCCAACUUUCUCCACGCCUACGAUGGCCUGAUAGUCGAAGUCGCCCGACGAAGGACUGUCAAGAAGCAGAUGGAGAGAGUGGUGGCGGAGGCGCAUGCCCAACUGGAGCAAAUGUACGACUCGGAUCGGGAGUUGAGGCUGGAGUUCAAGAACGACCUGGGCGAAUAUCUGCCGAGCGACAUUUGGAGUGGCGUGAAUACUUUACCGCCCAGAUAUUCUAUUGUGCGGGCCGACGAGGAGGAUGUUGGUAGUGUGCCUGAGCUACCGAGACGGACGGUGGAAGAGGCGUUGAGGAGGCUGAAGGUCGGCAGAGGUGGGCGAAGCACAAGAUGACCAGGCACGCCGUUGGAUGCCGAUGGUUUUCUAUCACGACGGAUCUAGCUAUCGUCGCUAUAGCGUUGGGUCGAUUUGGCUGCCUACGCCUACAAUAUGCUUGCAAGGAGGAUGGCGUGUCCCAACUACGCUCACCCUGGACAUCGGAAAGUGUGGUCCGACAAGCAGAUCUGGGACACGGGUAUCACGACCAUUUGCAGAGCUGCAAGGACCUUAAGCAGAGAUUUCUCCUCCAAGAGCAGAACAUGCAAAGGCUGAGAGACUGAUCCUAGUACAAGUGGAAGGGAUCCUUGGACAUUUUGUACAUCAGAAGGCUUAUACUACCAGUCCUGGCCCUACUGCUUUUUCAGGCCCUCCCUCUUUUCCUGGUCCCUCUCACUCUUGACGACAGGAUAGUAUCGCCAGAAGUAGAGCACGCCCGCGGUCCCGGCCAACGUGAGAAGCAAGCCUCUUUGCGAUCUCCUGGUUGGGGUUUGGUCCAUGGGUUAGAUGCUGCGUCAUUGACUGGGGCAUAGAGGGGGAGAGACAAACAAGUCUCGGGAAGAUUGAGAAAGACUCUGGGUAUUGACCAGAAGGAUGGGGGAGGGAGGGAUCUAUCUCACCAUGGUCCCCGGCUUCCGUGCGGCGAGAACAUGUUCUGCCUUUUGGGUGCUGUGGGAUGCAUGAUCGACGGGUUGAUUGAUUCUAGGGUCAAUCGGUGUGUUAAUAUGGUAUGAUAGGACACGAGAGGAUUCUGGCGAUAUCCAGGUCGAUCGAGUCGCCAAUCUUGGAUCAAGCAAAGGUCCGCCAGGACAAGAUGAGGAUUUGAGUUGACACGUCCUUGGGACAGAUACGUUGCGAGAUAGAUGAGUUUCUUCCGACUGAGAGAGCAGAGGUCUUAAAUGAUGACAGGAAGCUGUGGUGUGAUUCCUCGACGCAUAUGAUUUGGUGGAUGGAAUAAACUCCGUGUAUCAUAAUUGCUUCAUGGCACGUGCCUGGAUCGAGCGGGAUGAUAUCAGGGCGCAGUGCAUUAGACUUCAAUAUGUAUCUAGGGACUCGUAGGUG